AUGAACACUGACGGAAUUGGACUUGAAACCAGUUUGAAAUGGGCUUACCAUUACGGUGACCGUUAUUACCUCAAUAGAUGGUAUGAGAAUGAAACCAAUGGCUUUCGAAAUGUUUCAAAAUUAUUCAAUAAUCCAUAUGAGCUAGGAAGAGUAGCUUAUUGGAGGUGUAAAAGUAAAAUAAUCUAUCCUUUGAAGUAUCAGACCUCAAAAGCUUCAAAGUUCAUGAAGAUAAAAUGUUGGGUACCAAUAAAAAGAGCUUUUAGGAAGAAACCCAAAGAUGAAGAUAUUGAACUUUCAAAUAUGAGAACAUAUUCAGGUGCUACAUAUUUUGGAGUUCUUCCAAGAGAUAUUUGGUUAACUGUUCUUCUUCACACAGAAGAAUCGGAUAAGUUCAAAUUGCUUCAGUUGAAUCGAGAAUGGCUAACAUCAAUAGCACCAGCUUGUUAUAAAAGAGUACACUGUUUAUUAGCAAUUUCUAGUACUGAUAAACUCAAAAAGAAUGAUCAAUGUUAUCUUUCAGUGGGCCCAGAUAGUUCUUAUGAAUCAACUUCCAAUGCUUACAAUAUUUACUUAAGAAGUAAGGAAUCAAGAUUGUUUGACUAUGAAAUAUUAGAUAUCGAACGUUAUAAUGAAGGAAGUUCGAACCCAGAUAAUCAUGUUACUCUUAUCACAAAUAUAAAGAGCAUUAGAUCAUUUCUAGAUAAUACAAUGAGAAACACAAGGUCUAAAAUGAGACAGUAUAUCCAAGAAUUUUCAAUAGAUACCAUAUUUUUGGAAGGAUCUGACUGGAAUAAAUUCAAAACUGAUUAUAUAGUGGAGGAAAUCCGAAAUAUUGAGACAAAAGACAAAUAUACCAGUUCAAGCUCUACAAAUAAAGGACCAAUAUCUGCUUCCAGAUACUGUGGUGAAUAUGAUUGGAAGAAUAGAGUCAGAAGAAGAGUUAUGGGGAUGUAUGAUGGUGAAGCUUUGUAUUAUAACGGAGAUAAUCAAUAUGGUAAAGUUUAUCCAAACGAUGUUUACAAACAAGAGCUUGAAAUCAUAAACAGGUCAUUGGGAAACAUCAAGAACGGAAGAAGACGUGCAAUAUUUAACAGUGAUUUGAACCAAAAAUUCGAUAAUGAAUGCUUGUUGAACCAAAGACUUGAGGAAAACUUGCUCAACACAGACCCUCAAAGAGUAUUAUCAACUCAUUAUACUGAAAAUUUGAAACAUUCAACAGAUGAUCUUUCCAUUGUUCAUAGAAGUUUCUACACAGAGAGUCAGAUUGCUGAUUUGAUUGAAGAUAUAAUGGAUAUCUACUCGGUUAGAAAUAAGAGUAAUGAUGUUGGUGUUUGCCCUUCACUUUUCAGUGGUAUGGAAUCAAGCAGUGCCGUGUAUUAUGAUCCACAAACAAUCAUGUAUGUUCCAGAUCAGAUCAUCUUGAAUAGAAUCUUAGAUUAA